GUCUAGCCGAACCUUUAUUACUCUUGUAGCAGCUCAAAACUCCAAUUAUUUCACACAAUUCUCAUCCAUUUAACAAACUUUACAAAAUGGUCCAUAUCAGGUGUUUUCUUGAAAAUCCUUUUACAAAAGUUGUUUAUUUUACAACCAUUACUCAUUUUCUUCCAUAAAGUUUCAGCUAAAAACAGAAAUACUCUCAUGGCAUUCAUCUAAUGGAUUCAAUGGUGUGAAUAAACCUUCAUCUAAAGCCCUUAUCAAAGGACCCUUUCUCAGUGAUGGCCUAAUCCAGAGGAGAAAUCUGCAUUUGCAAGCAAUUUGAGGGGUGGGGAUUUACACCUUCGGUGAAAAUGAUGUGUGGAAUCUCAUCACUCACAUGCCAUGGAGGAAAAAAUUGGGGUUCUUCUUUUGAACCUUGGAGGGCCAGAGAGACUUAAAGAUGUUCAACCUUUUUUAUAUAACUUGUUUGCUGAUCCUGAUAUAAUACGGUUGCCUGGGCUGUUUAAGUUACUUCAACGGCCAUUGGCGAAGCUAAUAUCUGUUCUUCGAGCUCCAAAAAGUAAAGAAGGGUAUGCUGCCAUCGGUGGCGGCUCGCCUUUGCGUAAAAUAACCGGUGAACAGGCAAAUGCUCUUCGAAUGGCUUUGAAGGCAAUGAAUGUGAAUGUCAGUGUGUAUGUUGGAAUGCGAUAUUGGUAUCCAUUCACAGAGGAGGCCAUUGAGCAGAUUAAGCUAGACAGGAUAAAAAAGCUUGUUGUGCUGCCAUUAUAUCCUCAGUUCUCCAUUUCCACAACAGGGUCGAGCAUCCGAGUUCUCCAGCAUAUUUUCAGGGAAGAUGUAUAUUUAUCGAGACUACCUGUUUCUGCCAUCCUCUCUUGGUACCAACGACAAGGUUAUAUUUGUUCCAUGGCUGACUUGAUUAAAGAAGAGUUGGAGAGAUUUGAAAAAGCCAGAAGAGGUCAUGAUAUUCUUUAGUGCCCAUGGGGUAGGUUGAGGAUGCCGGAGAUCCGUACAAAGAUCAAAUGGAGGAGUGCGUCUAUUUAAUUAUGCAAGAGCUGAAAUCUAAAGGAAUUGGAAAUGAUCAUACCCUUGCUUACCAGAGUCGAGUUGGGCCAGUGCAAUGGCUAAAGCCCUACACAGACGAAGUGCUUGUUGAGCUUGGACAGAAAGGUGUGAAGAGUCUUUUAGUUGUUCCGAUAAGGUACAUGAGUUGUUACUGAGGUAGGUGUGAUUUGAAAUGCAUGAUUAUGUAAGGGAAAAAUAAUUACUCUAGAUCCAUCUCAAUUCCAACUUUGUGAGUGAACACAUAGAAACCCUGGAAGAGAUUGACAUGGAAUAUAAGCACUUAGCUCUUGAAUCUGGAAUCAAGAAUUGGGGUCGUGUUCCUGCCUUAGGUUGCACCUCUUCCUUCAUCACGGAUCUAGCAGACGCGGUAGUUGAAGCUCUACCAUCCGCAAAAGCACUGUCAGCAUCAAGGGAAGCUGCUGAAGAAACCAACUACGAGCCAGUGAGAUACCUUGUUAAACUGUUCUUCUGUUCGAUCUUGGCUAUUGUUUUGCUACUAUUAAGACCAAAGGUGGUAUUUGCAUUUAGGAAUCGUCUCCUUCGAUGAAAAAAAUCAUAAAAAAGGUUUAAUUGAAAGAGGGUAUAGAUAAGAAUGAAUUACGGAGAUUUGUUUGAUAUACAUACAAUAGAAAGAGUGAAAUAAUAGUGGGUAGGCCAUCCUCUAAAUAUUUGGUUCAACCAUGGCUGCCAUUAUCUUUUGGUAUGAAGAAAAAAGCUGUGUACAAGCACACUAUAUCCUGGUGAAGAAGAUAAAUCUGCCACUAUUUACUUCAAAUUUUUAAA